AUGUUCCGCUUUUGUCGUGCGUGGCUCGCGCCGACCACCACAGACGCAGCCGCCAAGCUGCCGGCCGGUAAACCGGUAAACAAGACGUGGUUCCGCAACAACUUGAUUAUUCGCCGGAAAGGCUCCUACCGCUCCCGGUGGGGCACCGGUGCUGAGGGCUACGGGACCGGUGUGCCACUGAGCGAUCAGGUGAAGCUGCACUGCGUGGACAACACGAACUGCAAACACGUCCGACUCAUUGCGAAGGCCACGGGCGAGCGGUUUGCCCACUGCCGCGUCUUUCCUGCUGUGGCGCACCGCGUGUCGGUGCAACGCUUUAAGGGCCGCGGCAGUGGGGAUGUGUCGCGUCAUCGGGUGAAGCCGGGCAAUAUUUACUGGGUCUGCCUCUUUACUCGCCGGCAGACGAACACGCGUGUGAGUGGGCUGCAGACGAACUUUGAUCGCAACACGUGCAUUAUCAUGAAUGAUCAGCGUGUGCCGCUGGGGACGCGGGUGAUGUACUGCGCGGGUCGUCACGUGAACCACAAGUACCACCUCAAGGCGAUGGUCCUGGCGAACUUCUUUGUGUGA